GAAAAGUUGUUCCACAGAGCACCUUUUAUCACCUAGCACACAGAAACACAUUCUCCUCCACUUCUGCUGGACUACAGCUCUGAAACACUCCACACACACUUCCCAGCAGGCUACACGUGGACGCUCUGGUCAGGUCAGAUGAUCAGCUUCGAGCGGACCCCUCCAUUAGCGGCCGUGUGGAUGGGGAGAGAUCCUCCCUCUGCGGCCAUCAUGCCUCUGAAAACCACCCAGACGCAGCAGAGGAGGAGAAUGAGGAGGAUGGAGAAGGCCAAGGCUGGACAGCGCUCCAAAAAGCUGGCCAUCCUCUCCCGUUCCCUCAUCAUCUGCAGCUCCAGGACCAGCGAUGACCUCCCCAGCCCAGAGGAGAAGUAUGUGUACAGUGACUGGAAAGAAGACAGCAAGGGAUGCCAUCUGGAUGGACCAAUGGGGCGCCCAGAGAAGGAUCUGAGCAGGAGCGCAAGCCUGCAGGCACCGAGGAGCACAGAGGAACCCAAGAAGAACAUCAGGAGGUCCUUCUCCAUCAGGGAAAGCAGUUUCUGGAGAAUGUGUGUGGCUACUGGAGAGGAAGGUGGGCCGCUGGGGCCUCGGGUGGGUGAUAACGACCUCCAGCCCAGUGACAAUAUCCUUACUGUCAGCCAUGUGCGAAACGGAGGGCAAUUACACAGGGACACUUAUAUCCACUAUGGUGAGAGGCUGGCCCCGUUUAAUGGGCAGGUUGUAAAUGACCACACAAAACUCCAGGCUGAGCUGGAAAGGCAGUCUGCAGUGAAGACUGUCCCCGGAACAGUAAGCGCUGACGUUUUCUCCUCGUGUGAAAGCAGUGGACCAUUGGUGAAUGUUAAUUCAGCUGAUCUUUUGGCCUACAGAAAAGAAGCGGUGGGGAACUGCCUAAACCCAAAGAUGCCCAUUAUUGAGGUAUCAGAGGUUGAUAUGAAAAGCUGUGAGGAGGAUACCAAAGAUGAAAACUCUGAAGAAACAGCCUGUAAGAGGACUCGCUCCAACUCCACAAGCGUUCACCCGUACUGGAUCGGAGACUUGGAGACCAUCAUUAUGAAAACUCCAGAGUUCCCGUGUCAUGUCCACAAUACCACAGGCUUUUACGGCAACAGGAAGUCUCUCUCCCAACAGCUGGAAUUCCCUCACAGCAUUCCACAGGCCAUUCCCAGGGCUUCUCGCUCUCUCAGCUCAGCUCAUUUAGUCCACUCCUGCAGCAGCGUACAAGCAUUCAUCAUCUGCAAUAUAGUCCUAAUGAAGGCUCCUGGAAAGGGUCUGGGCUUCAGUAUAGUGGGAGGCAGAGACAGCAUGUACGGUCCAAUGGGAAUCUACGUGAAGACGAUUUUUCCUGGUGGUGCAGCUGCAGCUGAUGGAAGACUGCAGGAAGGAGAUGAAAUUCUGGAGCUGAAUGGAGAGUCUCUACAUGGUCUUUCUCAUGAAGAUGCUUUACAUAGGUUUAAACAAGUGAAGAAGGGUUUGCUGACGCUGGUGGUGCGGACGAGUCUGCGGAUGGACGCUCUGUCGGGCAGCGGGACGCAGGCUGCUCAGCUCUGCCGCUCCAGGUCACUCAGCUCUAGCGCAGGAAUCAGCAGAACCAGCGCUGACCUGGCUGAAUACACCUACCUGGGAAACGCUGUCAAGGCCAGAGACCGGAUCAUGAUGGAGAUCAUCCUGCAGAAAGAGGUUGGCGUGGGCCUGGGCAUCGGUCUGUGCUGUGUGCCCUCUGCUGAGGGCUGCCCGGGUAUCUACAUUCACACCCUGUCACCAGGCUCCGUGGCACACAUGGAUGGACGCUUGAGAUGUGGCGAUGAGAUCAUGGAGAUUAAUGACACGGUGGUUUGCAGCAUGUCAUUAAAUGAUGUGUACGCGGUUCUGAGCCACUGCAGUCCGGGUCCGGUUCAGGUCAUCAUCAGUCGACACCCCGACCCAAAAGUUUCUGAACAGCAACUGAAUGAGGCAAUUGCCCAGGCGGUAGAGAACAGCAAACUGAAGAGAGACAAGAGCCAGUGGAGUAUAGAGGGUUUGAGACGCCUGGAGCCCACACAUUGUUCACAUAGCCGGCAGAAGUGUGAGCACUGUCUGGAGCGAAGUCAAAGCCAGCUGACCUGCAGACGGGCCCAGAAACCCAUGAUCCGCUCAUGCAGUGAAGGUGCCUACAGUCAGCGGUGUCCAACAGCCAGCACCAACACACUGCCCUAUCUGCCCUCAGAGCAAAUCACCAGGGUACACAGCAUGGACACCUCAAUCACAGCCAACUGUGAAGCUCCAACCAAUGGGAGGUUGUCCCCGGCUUUGUACGCCGAGGACGACUACAACGUACCCUACAACUCUCCAGUGAACUUUGUAGGUCAGCAGGCAGUAGAUGGAGCGGUUGGGAGGCCGAGGGGGUUUAAAGCCAGACCGCGCUCUCUUCCUCGGCGGUACUGCCGGAGACAGGAUGUCACCAGCGAAGAGGCGUUAACCGACUCAAGCGGCUCCAGUCAAGGUUCACCAGAGAAAGAGGAAGACCAUCUGCCUUCACAAUCUUACUGCCAGGAAGUGGACGAAUGUUCAGAAGGAACUAAAACAGCACUCUCAGAACCUGCUACUGCUGCUGGAGCGCCUGAAAACUCACACAGGGACUGCAGACAACACAAAGGCUCAGAGACCUCCAAUCACGUGUGCAGUCCAACAAAGCGAGCAGGCCUGAGACGUCAAGCCAACGUGGACUCAAGCCCAGAUCAGCAAAUCGACCCUUGGGUGAAGCAAACAGAAGAUAGUCCAGAGAAGCACCUCUACCACCGUAAAACCAUGAGUGACCACAAUGGGAAUAGUGAGAUUAAUGGCACAACAUCUGAAACCACAGAUACCAUCUUAAGCUCCCAAUCAGAGGAAAGCCCUGGUGCUAGAAAGGGGCCUCCAGUGGCUCCGAAGCCUACCUGGGUACGCCAAAGCCUCAGAAGCAUUAAAUCUGGGAAGUCGCCAGCAGAGGCUUUUAAACAUCCAGACAAAAGGAGCCAAGACACGGGAAGGACCUUCGGCGUUAGUCUGAGAGCCACUUCGUCGGCAACGAAUCAAUCAAUCAAACAAAAGAUCAGCUCUUUUGAGACCUUCUCUAACUCUGAUGGAGGAGACAAACACGAGAGGACCAGCAGAAGACUAGCAGCAUCAUCUUCAUCUCUUCCUCCAGCGGAGAAAAGCCAGCCUAGGUUUGAGAGGACGCAGCCUGCAGAAACCAACAGUUUUAUCAAGAGACAGGACUGUGAGAAACCUUCUGAGCCAGACACUUCAGAGCCAUGCCCCAUCACUGAAACAUCUUCAGAAGCAGAGCAACCAACCUCAGAUGAAAAAUCAGAUGUUAUCCCUGAGACAAAUGAUCUGAAUGAGGUUGAAGAACCCUCUGAAGAUCCUACAAGCCCUCCAGAAGAGAGUACAUCACCUGCCAAGGAAGAGGACGAAGCAAGUCCUCCUGAGAAGGACUUGCCUUCGAUUGGACACUCGCCGAGAAGAUCCAGCAGUUCCAAAGAUCCACCUUCAGUGAAGACCUCAACACUGGAAGGUCAAGAAGAUCAAAGAAGGACAUCCGCAAGCCUAAGAACCAGGAGUCUACCUUUGAACACCAACCCACCUACUGAUGCCCAUAACCAAGGUGGUCUUGACGGGGAUAGUCUUGAGAUCAUUCUGUCGUUCAGCAACCAGGUGUCCAAUGCCUUGAUGCGCUCUAUGCAGUCCCUUCCCCAGUCACCAUGCCUAAAAUUGGGAAACCCCUGGAGCGCCCCACCUGGAUCUUCUCACUCAAACCCCUCUGAAGACGAGACUCCACUAUCUCCUGUACCAGACAGUAACGAAAAGGGAUUCUCUGUGAGCCUGGCUGAGCUGAGAGAGCGCACUAUUGAGAGAGGAGAAGAGAGUGAAAAAGAUGAGGGUAAACCUGAACGACCCCUCACCACACCCUCUGCAGUGUGUGCCCAGUCUGUGAUAUCAGCUCUUCCUUCACAAGAGAUCCAGCGCAUGAUCCAGGAAGUCAAGGAUCUUGAUGAGGACACCCUAAGGCAACUGGAAGACAUCCACGUAGUGAUUCUUCACAAGGAGGAGGGAGCUGGCUUGGGUUUCAGUAUUGCUGGUGGAAUCGAUCUGGAGAACAAAGCGACUACAGUUCACCGGGUUUUCCCCCAAGGCCUAGCGGCUCAGGAAGGCACCAUUGAGAAAGGAGACGAAGUUCUGUCCAUCAACGGACAGACCCUGAAGAACGUGAAGCACAGCGACGCGACAGCAGCACUCCGUCAAGCACGCGACUUGAAACAGGCGGUGGUGGUGGUGUGCAAGAGUAAGGAAGCAGGAGCCAGCGGAAGCAGUAGCGCUAACGCUAACGACUCCAGCUGUAGCAGCGGCACAGAGCAGAGCUUCACAGCAGAUGAAGGUGGUGAAGUUCUGAAUCUGGAGUUGGAGAAGAAUGCAGGUGGUGUUGGGUUUAGUCUGGAAGGAGGGAAAGGCUCUAUUCAUGGAGACAAACCUCUGGUCGUUAACAGAAUCUUCACAGGCAGUACAGCUGAAGAGAAAGGUCUGCAGGUUGGUGAUGAGCUGCUGCAGGUCCAGAGCUCCGUCCUUCAAGGCCUCGCAAGGUUCGAAGCCUGGAGUCUCAUCAAAGGCCUUCCUGAGGGUCCAUUCACAGCCAUCGUCAGGAGAAAGAAAGAGGAACAGAACUAAUUCCAUAACUGAAGUACUGUAAACAGCCCCCCCAAAGAGAUAACAAUUAGCACCUAGAUUAAGACUUGAUUAGGUCUUAAACUACAGUAUUGAACAACAGAUUUAAUUUAAUAUUACAUUUAAUCAUUUAGAUAAAUGUAUAUAGCAGAUUUCAAUCACCCAGUGAUGUUUACAGCGGACAGAAACACAAAUGUAAUGUAACAUACAAUAAUAAUGGUAUGUCUGCUUCUCUCAAAAGGACAUUUGUGCUUUUUUCCAUCAUGUUAUGUUUUCAUUAAUGUAACAUCUGCUUUUAUUACAGUUUUCACAGUUAGUUAGAUAACUUCAGCCAAAAGUCAAGUUUGUCCAAUAGGAAAGAAGCUAACGGACAUUUCUGCAAGACAUUCUCCACUUUGGACAUAUUUCUACUGAGAAAUAAAUUUAUAUAAAUCUAAAAAACCUGCUAGACAUUUUAUAUAAUUCAAUCUAAGAUUAAUACACAUCCUGAAAGCCACAGUAAAAAGUGCUACACUGAAUUUACUGUGCCAAAAGUUAUGGGAUAUGGUAAAUGCAGUAUGUAAAUUGUUCAUGAAGUAAUACAUUAGAGAACAGCUUGGAAACGUCCACAUCUGUUUCUGUAUGUUUGAAGCUGGUCAGCAUGUUCAUGGGAAAGUUAUGUGAAUUAUGGGAGUUUUCAGAGUUGUGGCGGGCAUUUAACAUUCUUUAAUCCAUUCGAUCUCCUGUGAUCGAGAUCCUACAGCGUCUGGCAAGAAUUGUCCAUGAAAAAAGACAAGCAAAAGUCACAUUCACAUUAAUGCAGCAUGAAUGAGGCCCCACACACGUAUCCCACAGGUCAGUGCAGCGUUUUUUUAGCAGCGAUUUUUGUUGGUACUCAUUUCAGCAGAAUGAUGCUUGUAGACAAUGCAAUGCAAUCUUCACAAAGUUACUUCACAUACUUGUGUUUGGUAAAAUCGUCCUAUUAAAAGAUGACGUUUCUCCCAAGCUUUUUUCUCCUGCAGUAUCUUCCUAUGUUUUGUACCAUCCAUGUAUCUGUUCUUUAAUUUUAACUAGAUGCCCAGUAAUACUGAUAAAAUUAUAUAUAUAUAUAUUGGCUUCUUUAUUUCAAUGCUAUCACCACCAUGCUUCACUUUGAGGAGUGUGUGUGAUGGUUCAGAAAUUGGCAGGGUUAAAUACCGUAUUUUUCGCACUAUAAGCCGCACUUAAUAUCCUUUAAUUUUCUCAGAAAUUAUCUCAUGUAUGAAUUUUACCAGUCAGGUUGUAAGAAGGAGUAAAGCCACAGCAAUAUACAGGAGUUUAAGUUUAGUUCUCCAGCAGUAUUAGCAUUAGCUGCAAACUGCUAACUCUCACUUUGUUUAGCACUGCUGGGGCAGCAUUAGCAUUAGCCGCUAACUGCAUUAAGCGCUAGCUCUUUCGCCGUUCAAAGGUGAGUAUUAUCGGCCUGUAGCCUGCUGCUAACCCCGGCUAGCACUGCUGGAGCAGAAUUAGCAUUGGCAGCUCAGAGGUUCAGCUCCAGUGCCCCUUAUGUAAGAAAAUAGACCCGAAAAUACACGUUUAUCGAUAGUGCGCCUUAUAAUACGAUGCUCUUUAUAGUGCAAAAAAUUAGGUAGUUGACAAAAUUAUCCCCUCAACAUGAUGCUACCACCACCAUGCUUUACUUACAGUAUUUGAUACGGUUUGUUGAGGAAUGGCUGCCCAAUAAGCUUUUUUUUCAGAUUGUUAUGAACUCCAGAUUUUUGUGGACAAAUAUAGUGGGACUCCAGGUAAUGUGCAUCAGUGCAUGACAUUUUUUUGGUCAUUUUUGUGCUCUUUGAUCAGAUUUCAAUUCAAUUCAGUUCAACUCAAAAAGCUUUACACAGUCUUAUUGUUUCUUUUUAAUGGAAACAAAAAAAGCAUAAGCACAUGUAAACCGUGUUUUAGAACAAAGCUUCUAUGCGUUGUGUUUAUGAAUGCACUGCUUAUACAGUAAUUACUGCCUUUGUACUGUCGUACAAACACAAGAGUCAGGGAUUCAUGGGAACUUGACUGCACUCAAGUUUGCCUGUUUUGAUAAGGAGAUUUGCACAGACUCUGUACAUAUAGAUACACAAAAACAUUUGUACGGUAUCUAACCAAGAGUAUUUAACCAGAUUAACCAUAAUGAACCAGGUCGUUUUCAUGGAAUGUGACGUUUUCACAAAUGCAUGCAAAAAACAAACAAUAAAGCAAAUCAGGGUCUUUAAAUUAUGGUUUGAAGGACUUUUGAAGACAAUGCAAUAAUUUCAGACCAAACAGAUUUUAUUUAUUUUUAGGUUCUUAAAAGGAACAGUGAAUGAAAACACAGGUCCAAAAUAAUUUGAAUUGAAGCUCCCAGUAAUGACUGGAUGUUGUUUAUCUUUUUUUUUUUUUUUGUACAGAGGAAUUUCCUAAUAUAUGAGAUGAUGCUGUUUGACUGAGUGUAAAAGAUUACUGUAUCAUUUCUUUUCCAAAAAUACCCCAAUAAAAUCAAUGAAUAUG